GAUUGUUUUGUGCAAAUAUUUCAUUUAAAAAUUAAAAUAAUAAGUCUGUUUGUACAAAUUGCAUUUAAUUUAAAAUCAUCAAGAUGAAUGCGAGUGUUUCAUUUGAAGGAGAAUCAUAUUUUGCGACUAUAGAUUAUAGUGUUUUUAUAAUAAUUCUAAUGUGUUCACUAUCAAUUGGGAUAUAUUUUGGAUUUUUCAGCAAAGAACUUAAAACGGCCGAAGAAUAUUUGAUUGGCGGUCACAAUAUGAAACCUGUUCCUGUAGCCAUAAGCCUUAUUGCCAGUCAACUGUCUGCAAUUUCGAUAAUGGCACUACCAGCGGAAAUAUAUUCAUUUGGAUAUCAAUAUAUAUUUUUGUUACCUACGCUAUUUUUUGUGACUCUUGUUACAAACUAUAUAUCGCUGCCUGUUUUCUAUUGCAAUAAUAUUGAAAACUGUUAUGCGUAUUUAGAAAUUCGAUUUGGGAAAAUUACACGAAGACUUCUGACCGGAUUAUACAUCAUUCUUGGUCUGUUUUUCUUUCCAUUGUUGAUGUAUAUUCCAUCAUUGGCGUUCGUCGAAGUUACAAAGCAGAAUAUUCUGUAUGUAAAUAUAAUUGUGUCUUAUGUUUGUGUAACUUACACGAUGCUCGGUGGAAUAAAAGCAGUGGUUUGGACUGAUGUUUUGCAAGCAUUCGUAAUGGUUACUUCAUGUGUUAUCGUUGCAUUUCUUGGUGUUCAAAAAACAGGCGGAACUUAUGAAGUUAUAGAUCGUGCCAUCGAGGGUGGUCGCCUUUUUCCGCCAAACAUGUCAAUGGAUUUAACCACGCGAAUAACAUUCUGGAAUUCAGUGUUGCCACAAUUUGUUGGUUGGACAUGCUAUAUAAGUUUUCACCAGAAUUGUGCCCAACGCUUAAUUUCGUUGCCAACUUUGGAGAAAGCAAAAAGAGCGAUGAUUGUGUUUUUCAUUGGUGUUAUUUUUAUGAUGGGCAUAAAUAGUUCUACUGGACUGAUCAUGUACUCAUUUUAUCAUGGUUGCGAUCCAGUGCGAUCUGGAACAGUCACGAAAUAUGAUAAAUUGAUGCCAAGAUUUGUACAAGAUGUUGCGGGUCACAUUCCGGGAAUGUCUGGCAUUUUUAUAAGUUGUGUGUUUAGUGCAUCACUUUCAACCGUUUCGGCCGGUUUGCAUGCAACUGCUGGAAUUAUUUAUAGCGAUUAUGUUCGACCAUUUAAUUUUUUUCCACACAAUGAUGCCAAUGCAAACCGAACUAUGCGUAUUAUUAUAAUGUUAUUGGGUAGUUUUUGUGCAUUUGGUGCUGUGUUCAUUGAACGAUUUCAUUCCAUUUUCCAAAUCAUUAACACUGUCGGCGGAAUAACGGUCGGAACAAAAUUCGGAGUUUUCACAAUCGGCAUGUUGUAUCCAUUUGCAAAUCAAAAGGGUGUUCUGACCGGGAUAAUCGUUUCUGUUGCUGUGGUUUUAAUGAUUGUCAUAAAUACGCAAUACUACAUUUCUGAAGGGAAAUUGAUAUACAAUGUGAUACCGACGUCGAUCGAUAAAUGUAGCAACGAAACACUUUCUCAUAUACCACAAUCCGCUUGGACACUGCCACCGAAUGAACAAGACGACGACGGUUUUGCAUUCUAUAAAAUAUCUUUUCAAUGGUAUCCUCUUAUUGGGUCAGUGGUUUUUUGGGUAGCCGCAGUACUUGGUAGCUACUUGACCGGUGGUCAAGAUUUAAGCAAACUCAAUCCACAAUUACUAUCGCCAUUCGUACAAAAAAUGUUGCCAAAGAAGUAUCGUCAUACUGAACUCAAACCGAUUGAAAAGAAGAUCUCAAAUCAUGAAGAAGGCGACAAAGAGAUUGUGUCGAAACAAGAAUUAGCCGAAUUAAUCACACAAAAUGAUGAUAAAAUAAAUCAAAUUAAAAUUAUGUUUGAAAAUAAUUUAUCUUAUAUUACUGACACUAUUUCGGAAGUGGAUAAUUUUACUGGCGCCGACUAUGGCAUACUUGUCAUCAUAUUGUCAUUUUCUCUGGGGAUCGGUGUGUACUUUGGAUGUUUCAGCGAUAGUCUAAAAACUGCUGAAGACUACCUUGUUGGUAGUCAUAAAAUGAAAUCUAUUCCCGUAGCUAUUUCGAUUGUCGCCAGUCAAAUUUCUGCCUAUUCAAUAAUAGCCAUACCGGCCGAAAUUUAUUCAUUUGGAUGGCAAUAUUUAUUAAUUAUUCCGACGAUGGUUUUCGUCGUUUGUUCAAUUAAUUUUCUCUUUUUGCCAGUAUUUUAUCAAAAUAAUAUCGAUAAUUGCUAUGCGUAUUUAGAAUUACGAUUCAGUAAAUCGGUUCGAAAAUUUACUACAUUGCUCUUCAUAACUCUCUAUCUUUUCUAUCUGCCUGUCGUUAUGUUCAUUCCAUCAGCUUCAUUUGUCGAAGUGACAAAACAUAAUAUCCAUGUGGUGAACACGAUCGUUGCGUACAUUUGCGUUUUUUACACUAUGCUGGGUGGAAUAAAGGCAGUGGUUUGGACCGAUGUGUUGCAAGCAUUUGUGAUGAUAGCAUCCGUUGUUGUGGUGGCCUUCUAUGGAGUCUCUAAUGUUGGUGGUUUGACUGAAGUAUGGAAUCGUGCGGUAAACGGCAAUCGUAUCAGUUUACCUAAUUUUGUAUUGGAUUCUGUAACUCGCACAACAUUUUGGAAUACGACAUCGAGCGUAUUUAUUAUUUUGUUGGUCAAUAUUGGAUUUAGUCAAUCUUGCAUUCAGCGACUUGUGUCGUUGCCUUCGUUGAAAGCAGCCCAGAAGUCCGUCUAUGUAUUUUUCUUCGGUUUUCUGUUUAUUAUGUCUUUCACGUGCGGUACAGGCAUAAUUUUGUAUGCUUAUUAUCAAUAUUGUGAUCCAGUCAGUGCUGGAAUAGUCACAAAGUAUGACAAAAUGAUGCCUCGUUUUGUUCAAGAGGUAACUGGGCACAUAACAGGGAUGUCAGGUAUAUUCAUAUCAUGUGUAUUCAGUGCAUCUUUAAGCACAAUAUCAGCUGGAUUACACUCAAUAUCUGGAGUUAUCUACAAUGACUACAUUCGUCCGAAAAAGUGGUUCGCCCACACCGAUGCCAAUGCAAACCUAACAAUGGGCUCCAUUAUAUUUGUAUUGGGAACAUUUUGUGCUGCGUCUGGCAUUGUUGUAGAACAAUUUCAAUCGAUAUUUCAAGUUUUGAGCACCGUUGCUGGCGUGUCAACCGGAGCGGUUUUUGGUGUAUUCACAUUAGGAAUGCUAUAUCCAUUCGCAAAUAAACAAGGAGUUUUAUCUGGAAUGAUAAUAAGUAUGCUUAUUAUGCUUGUCAUUAUUAUCAACGCACAAUAUCAAGCAGCACAAGUUAAUUUCCACUAUGAAAUACUGCCGACAAGAAUUGAUGGAUGUAACAAUGAAACUAUCGCUCAUUCCCAAAAAUUAACACCAUCAACUCUAUCGCAUGACAACAAUGAGGGCUUUGCAUUUUAUAAGAUUGCCUUCCAAUGGUACCCAUUAUUGGGUGUAAUUUCAAUGUGGAUUCCAUCUGUUAUUAUCAGCUAUUUGACAGGUGGACAAGAUUUUAAAAAAUUUAACGCUCAACUGCUAUCACCAUGUGUUCGAAAAUUAUUGCCAAUUAAGUAUCGCCAUACCGAACUAAAAUUGAUUAAAUCUCAGAAGGCGCCAGCAGACGAUGAAAAUGAAGAUAAGUUUAUGACAGAAAUGAACGAAUGGAUUUCUAAAAAGGAGGAACGCUCAAUAGAAACAUGAUGGCACAGAUAUUCAUGAAAUUCAACGAAAAGAAAUCGAAAUUAGAUGUAUUUUUUUUACAGUUCACCGAAAUUAUUUUAAGAUAUUGAUUAGAAUGCGAAUGAACUUACGACGUG